AUGCUGUGCUUGUUCAGGAAAGUCUUUUCUCUCGGAUGUGGGCGACGACGACCCUCCAAGACGUACCGUGUGACACUGAAGAAGCAGGCCCUGGAGGAACAUUUCGGGAUCGUGAUCACAUACAACAAGCGUGGUGAAGGCUUGCUGAUCAAAGAGGUGGGCCAGGAGUCCGCAGUCUCGCAGUGGAUGCGGGAGCAUCCCGAUCGUCCUAUCCGUAUUGGCUGCGCCAUCCUCGCCAUCAAUGGGGAAGAUCAGAUAGAGCCCAUGCUGAAGCAGCUGGAAAUGUCCUGCCAACUGGAUUUGCUGAUCACCGCAGAGCUGACUGCCAGCCAGCAGCAGAUGCUACAUGGGUCACUUCAGAAGACAGUACCCUCCUUCGUGGUUCAGUCGCUUUCUCGUGUGGCAGCGAACGAAAGCGCCGAGAGGGACGUCUGUGCUAUCUGCUGCGAAGAGUUGGAGCCUGGAUCUCCGAGCUCCUGGCCGAUGCAACUGCCUUGUGGGCACCUCUUCCACGCUCCCUGUGUGAAGACCUGGCUGGUGACAAGGAGCCGUCGUUGCCCGAUGUGCAACCAGGCGGUGGAGCUGAAGGCGCCGCUACCCCGCGAGGUGUUACCAAACGCAUCUCUGUCGUUCCACUGA